CGGCAAAUCUCAGGGCGUAGUGCUCUAAAUAUUUAACUCACCUGUACCUGUCUAGUCCAGCAGUCUGCACGGGCUGUCUGCCGUUAGAGGGAUACUCACCAAGCGCUCACCUGGAUCAACCAUUACUUUCAGAUUUUCAAUGAUGGUAAGCAUCAGAGCAAUCAAAGCAGGGACUUUCAUCUUGCUGUUGGGAACUCUUCUCUUAGUUGUUUUCCUCUGUAGCGAUUUUAUUGACCCCAACAUCUUCAGCCUCCAAGUAGAUGUGAGAAAAGAUGACAGUCAAACAAAGACACCCACCAAAAAUAACUCCUACGUAUACUCCUGGCCAAGAUGUCAACGAAAUGUGUCUGCUGCCAACAUCAAAGGCUUCAACUCUUUUUCUGGUAGCAUACAAGACUUUCUUUACUAUGAACACUGUCGCCAUUUUCCCAUGCUACUGGACAUUCCUGAUAAAUGUGGAGGAGCUGAUAAAUCAGCAGAAGUCUUCCUUCUGCUGGUCAUUAAAAGUUCCCCUGUGAACUACGACCGUCGAGAGGUUCUGCGCAAAACCUGGGCUAAAGAGAGGUUACACAAUGGUGUGUGGAUCCGAAGGAUCUUCAUCUCAGGAACAAGUGAGACUGGUUUUGACAAAGAGAGACUGAACAAACAACUCGAACUGGAGAAACGUGAGUACAACGACAUCCUUCAGUGGGACUUUAGUGACACAUUCUACAACCUCACCUUGAAGCAGAUUCUCUUCUUAGAAUGGAUGGAAAGAAACUGUCCGAACGCUCGCUUCCUGCUAAAUGGUGAUGAUGAUGUCUUUGCCAACACAGACAACAUGGUUGAGUUUCUCCAGGGCCUCAAGGAUAAUAAUGGAAGCAAGCACCUUUAUACUGGCUAUGUGUUCAACAAUGGGAGGCCCCACAGAUGGACAAACAGCAAGUAUUUUAUCCCAGUGCAAGUGCACAAGUCAGAUUCCUAUCCCCCCUACUGUGGCGGUGGAGGAUUCCUCCUGUCUGGCUAUACAGCUUUGGUCAUAUACAAAAUGUCCCAGUCCAUUCCCAUUCUUCCUAUUGAUGAUGUUUACAUUGGGAUGUGCCUGACCAAAGCAGGACUCAGUCCUGUUUCACACAUGGGUGUGCAGACACUAGGAUGGUACACUCCCUUCAGUACACUUGAUAGAUUUGAUCCCUGCUUUUUUAAAGAACUUCUGCUGGUACACAGAUUCCUUCCAGGUCACACGUAUCUUAUGUGGCGUAGAAUACAUGAUCCCAAUCUGAAAUGUGGUCUCUCCAAGAAAAGGCUUAAGCAGCACCAAACUUAUAAGUGGUAAAAGUGCAUGAAUGUUUUGUCAUUGUUGAAUGAGAUUCUUUUGAUUGCAAUGGGCCCCUGGUCGUUAAGGAGGUCAUUACAGUUGCUUAUAAUGCAUAUAAUGAUAAACAGUCCUGGUGGUGACCACAGUCUUACUAAAAUAUCUCUCUCUAUCUCUGGGUUUCUUAAGACCAAAAAUGAUUAUUUUAAAUAAAAAAUGUAUGUAAUUAAAUUGUUGUCUUAAAUCAGUGCUUUCAUCCAGCACUGUUGGGAUACUGCAGAACAUGUUAUGUGGAGAACUAAAAGCAUUUAUGAAUUAUCGAAUACUGAUAUUUGUAUAACAACCUGUCCAGUUUACUCAUUCAGUGGCUGUUAUUUAGAAGCACAAUUGUGGCUUUUGCCUUUGAGUAAUAAUUCCAACUAAUUUUCUAGUUAUUCGAGAGCAUGAAUUAGGCGUUUUUUACUCCAUGACACCUCCCAGGUUUCAUCAGAAUCAGAAUUAGUUUAUUGAUCCCCAAAGGGAAUUUCUUUUGUUGCAUUUGCUCACUUUGCAUGUCACAAUAAUAGGGAAUAUGAAUAAAAUGGAAAGUGGGUAAGAAUAAAAUAUAAUGUAAUAUACAAAUCUAAUUUAAAAAUAUAAAACAUAAAUAUAAGUAAUGUGGCUAUGUACAGUAUUUUACAGUUUUAAAAGAAAUGUAAUGAUAAAUAGUAGUAGUGAAUAGUGAAUUAGAUAUACUUAUUACUAAUAGCGCAGUUGAAAUGGAAUUGAUACAAACAUAAAUUUGAUUAGAUUUUUAAAAAGAUUUUGGUAUUUGAACAAUUACAGACAAGUCUGAAAAAAUCUCACACAUGAGGCUAUCCUGUUAGCAUGAUGUUAGCUAAGCAGGCCUGGAGGGAACGCAGCACACUGAGGCCAGUAGGCUUAACUGGGAGGUACAACCAACUAUCCUUUGCAUAGCAAUGGAAGGGAAUAUCGAAUCGCCAGGUCAUGUCACAGAGGGGGAGCAUGUAAGUGGAAAACAAAAUAGGUCUGAAGAUUGAUCCUUGGGGCACAGCGUAAUCAACAGAAGAAAAAGCAGAUUAAGCAGAUACAGUUAUUAACAGACACAUAGAACUUCCUGUUAGACAAAUACGAGGCAAACAAGUCCAAUAACUUGCCAGAGAUGCCCCACCAGCGCCUCAGUCUAUCUAACAAGAAGCCAUGGUGUCAGAAGCAGCGGACAAGUAAAUAAAGAAAUAAAGGGCAGUUUUGAGAUUCGACGAUAGUGGUCGAGGUUGGUGGGACACAAGUUGAACACAAACACAUUUAAAAUAAUCUGGAACACAAUCAGAUGACAGUGAGCUAUUUAUGAUAAAGAACAAAUAGGUACCUAGACUGUCCAUGAUUUCAAAUAAAAACUUUGUAGGGAUAAUGUCCAAGGGGCUGGAGGAUACCCUCAUUUGAGACAUUGUCUCAGUGAGAUGCAUCCGGUCUGCAUCCAAAUAGGCUAGGUAGCCGCAUGCUAGCGUCCAACCAACGGUGUCCUGUCCUCCGUACAUGGCUGACUAUCUAAAUCACCUGUUCCCCCUCCUUCUCUGGCCCCUUUGCCAACUGGCAACAACAAGGUACCAUCUACUGCCACUGAUUCCCCCUUGUGGAAAGUAUAUAGCCAUACUUCUAUAACUCCAGUCCACAUUGGGAGGCCGACUUGCCACAUCGCUGCCUCAUGCAUCCCUAAAAUCCCUGUAUUGACUUUGCAUAGGCCUGUUAAACGAGACAGACACACUCGUUUCAGCAAUAGUAAUAACUUAAUUAGGAUACAAGCUUAAUCCUCGCCUCAGGUCAUUACGUCUGCUUUACCACAGUAUAGAUCACUAGAGUUGGCUCUUCUUAAUGUUAGAUCUCUCUCAAACAAAACUUUCAUUUUAAAUGAUUUUAUCUCUUCUGCUGACUUAGACUUUAUGUUUCUGACUGAAUCUUGGCUACGUCCUGGUGAUCACAGUCAGCUUAUUGAAUUAUGCCCCCUGGAUUAUGACUAUUUUAGCCGCCCCAGGGAGAGUGGCCGUGGGGAUGGCAUUGUGGCUGUUUUUAGAAAGCACUUUAAAUGCACUCAAACUCCGUGUAACGAUUACUCUUCUUUUGAAGUGCUCUUAUUCAAACUUGGUGGCCCCCCACCGGUCCUAAUUGCUGUCAUCUACCGCCCCCCCAAUCCAGCUGGUCCCUUCAUGCUGGAAUUCCCUGAAUUUUUAUCUGAUCUUGUUUUAUAUGAGGACAGAAUCCUUAUUUGUGGAGAUUUUACGUACAUUUUCACGUUGACGAGUCUUCAAAUCUCCCUGCUCUUGAUUUUUUAAGUAUCAUUCAUCCUUUUAAUUUUACUCAACAUGUGUCGGGCAAAACUCAUCACUAUGGCCACACUUUAGACUUGGUCCUUAGCUUGGGUGUGAAGAUAUCCGCUGUAGAAAUUAAGGACAUCUUUAAAUCUGAUCAUCAGGUCGUUCAUUUCCACUGUGAACUACAGGCUGCUAGUGUUGUCCAGUCUUUAUCAAAACAAACCCGCAGUUUAAAUGAGCAGAGCGCCUCUAAAUUUGGUGCCCUCUUCAGUUCAUUUAGCAAUGUGUCCCCUGAUAUCUCCUCUACUAAUGAUAAUGUCAACUAUUUUAAUUCCCUCUGUUCCUUAACCCCUGAUCUCAUAGCCCCUCUGAAAAACAUACAACACUUAAAUCUGCUAAGCAACCCUGGUUAAAUGCAGAUAUCAGAAGCUGCAAACGGGAAUACAGAAAAACAGAAAAAAUGAAAAAAAUCAGGUCUCUAGGUCCAUUUCACGGCCAUGAAAGAGUUACUAUCUUCGUACAAUAGGUUGGUAAAAGAUGCAAGAGCUCACCAUUUCUCAAAUCUUAUUGCUGUCCACCAGCACAAUCCUAGUUUUCUUUUUAAGACUCUCGAUCUGUUGGUCAACCCUGCCUCUCCCUGUGCCUCUGCUGAUUGUGAUGCUGAUUGUGAGAUAUUUUUAACACACUUUGUCUGUAAGGUGGAAUUAUUAAGAGCCAGUAUUAGCCCAAACCCUGUCUUUUUAGAUGUUGUGCACCCUAACCAGGAUCCUUGGAGUUCCUUUUCUUCUAUUACCAUGGCAGAACUUAUGGAAAUUAUGUUGAAGAUGAGGCCUUCCUCUUGCUCUCUUGAUCUGAUUCCUGCAAAGUUUUUAAUAGAAGUUUUGGAUUAUAUUAGACCACACCUGCUUUUAAUUUUUAACAGCUCAUGAUCUACUGGCUGUGUCCCGGUCUACUUUAAGGCGGCAUGUGUACAACCUGUCUUAAAGAAACCUAGCCUUGACCCCAACAUCCUUGAUAACUACCGCCCAAUCUCUAAACUGCCUUUUCUUUCAAAAACCCUUGAAAAGAUAGUUUCUAAGCAGCUCCUUGCUGUAAUGGAAAAUAGCCCACCAACCUUAGUAUGCUGAGUUCAUUACACGACUGCCUUACCGACAUAAAACAUUGGAUGUCAAAUAAUUUCCUACAACUUAACUUAACUUGGCUCCUUGGUUACAGGUCCCCAACAUCUCUGCAAUCAAAUUCUUCUCUCUUCUGGCUACCUGCUACAACACGCUUUGAGCAUCAUGUUUCUAAACUGGUCCAGUCCAGCUUUUACCACCUUAGAAAUAUCGCAAAAAUAAGGCCUAUUUUAAAUGUUACAGAUGCAGAAACUGUUAUACAUGCUUUUAUCUCCUCACGCAUUAAGUAUUGCAACAGCCUCUUCACUUGCCUUAAUCAGAAAACCCUAAAUAGAUUACAGACCGUUCAGAACUCAGCUGCUCGGCUCCUAACUAGAAAAAGAAAAUAUGAUCAUAUCACCCCUAUUUUAGCAUCAUUGCGCUGGCUCCCUGUUUGUUUUAGGAUUGAUUUUAAAAUUUUUCUCAUUACUUUUAAGGCUAUUCAUGGCUUGGCUCCUGAUUAUAUUUUAGAUAUUUUAACUCCGUAUGAGCCCUCCCGUGGCCUAAGGUCUUCUGGCAAGGGCCUCCUGUCUUUUCCUGCAGCCAGACUAAGAACAAAAGGUAACCGAGCAUUUGCUGUCAGGGCCCCCAGGCUCUGGAAUGACUUGCCUGAGGAAAUUAGGCUGGCAGGGUUGGCUUCUUCUUUCAAAUCUCUUUUAAAAACUUAUAUUUACUGGAAAGCAUAUCCAGAUUUUAUCUGAGCUGCCACUCGUUUUACUAUUCCUGCCCUACCGUUCUUAUCACUUUGUUUGCUUGUCUUAUCCUCCUUACUUCCUACUGAACAUAUUUGUUAUACUUUAUUGUGAUCCUUGUUCUUAUAUUCUGUAUUUUAUCCUCCUGUAUCUUUUACCCACGUGGUUAUUUGUUUUUGUAUUUUAUGGGUGAUUUGUUGUGAAGCACUUUGUACUUUGUUUGAUAAGUGCUAUAUAAAUAAAGCUUAUUAUUAUUAUUAUUA